AUGGAUUUGACACUCUUUGCUGUUACCAGAGCCGUUGAUGCGCUAGUUGGAGAAUUAUGGUCUCGGCGAGAAACCAGACGCAAAGCAGCGGGGAAAUGGACGCAGAUUGAAAACCUCGCCUCUACCUUAACAGACCCCUCAAUCUUCGCCACCUCCUGUGCUCUAAUAAUGUGGGCCUGGAUAUACACGCCGGACCGACUGCCACGCUCCUAUAACAAAUGGAUCAAAUCAGCCGCGGCGGUCGAUCAUCGGCUCCUCAUCGCCCUCCGGCGUUGUCGCUGGGGCGAAAUAAAAUACGGCGUUGAAACCGGUCAGGCGCCCUUACUCCAAGGGAUGUGCAAAGACUACAACCUGCCGUUAUCCUAUGGCGAUCCUGUACAAAGCAUCCCCUUCCCCUGCGAGCUAGUCCACAUGGCCACGGGGAAAAGCUGCGAGUAUCAUGCCCUCUCCCGCUGGUCUCGCUCCUUCAUUUGGGCAAUCUCAACAUACCUCCCCAUAAACCUCCUUCUCUUAGUGCGCCGCCCUAGCAAAGACGGAGCAAAGCGUGCCUUGAAAUCAUCCGCGCGCUCCUCUGCUUUCCUCGCGUCCUUCAUAGCACUCUUUUAUUACGGUAUCUGCAUAGCACGCACGCGCGUCGGACCAUCUCUCAUCGGCACCCAUACCUCAGCACGACAGCAAAUCGAUUCGGGGAUUUGCGUAGGAACGGGUUGUAUGUUUUGCGGGUGGAGUGUGCUAAUCGAGAAUGCCGGUCGGAGGAAGGAACUGGGAAUUUUUGUCGCCCCGAGGGCUUUGGCUACGCUUUUCCCUAGACGGUAUCUGUGGGAGAACCAGUGGAGGGAGAAUGCAGCUUUUGCGGUUAGCACGGCGGCGGUGUUCACUUAUAUUGCUGAGAACCCGGAAAGGGUUAGAGGUGUAUUUGGGAAGGUGCUCAAGAAGGUUCUAGUUUAA